GACUCUUUCGUCUCCUUGUUCUUCGAUUUAAUCUCAUGGGAUAUCUUGACGGCACUAUCGUCGCCAAAUCGGCCAACGAUGCUGAGUGGUUCCAAUUCGACGCCCUACUUCAAGGAUGGAUCUUGUCUACCGUCUCCGAUGAAGUCUCCGAUCUCGUCCUCGCAAACAGCCCUACAGCCGCGGCACUCUGGAAAGCGAUCUACAAAUUGUUUCAUGACAACAAGCACGCCCGGGCGAUGCAAUUGGAGAACCGGUUUCGCACCACCGUCAAAGGAACCAUAACAAUAAAUGAGUAUUGUCACACUCUCAGGAACCUAGCCGACUAUCUCGACGACGUAGAUGCUCCGGUGACCGAACACGCCCUCGUCCUACAAGUGCUUCAAGGAUUGCCACAUGACAUCCGGGGCCAAGUUCACUUUUUGCAGUAUCAGAACCCGUUUCCGACGUUCCUGGAAGUCCGAUCGGCUCUCCUCUUGGUCGAACAACAGCAGGCCGACGCCCUCCCCAACGCCGCACAGUCCACCGCCCUUCUCAGCUUCAGCGGCGGCAGCGGCAGCAACAUGGCGGGCGGGGGUCAGUCGCGGCCAGGCAGCAGCGGGCAGAACUCCAGGCGUGGCAGUUUCGGCGGAUCAAAUCGGGGCAAUUCUGGUGGCUACUGCGGGCGUGGCCGUGGAUGUGGACGAGGCAGCUCGAAUCAACGACAACCCGGCCCAAAUACCUGGCAGUUCCCCACUCCCUCACCCGGCCUUCUAGGCCCACGACCCUACUCCCCCUACCCGGCCCAGGCCCACGUGGCCCAUUACCCGAACCCAGCCCAAUACCCUACCCCGCCACAUACCCAGUACCAAACAUCCAACCC